UUCCCCACAGCAGGCAGCAGAAGUCUCAGGGACACAAAAGAGCUGCCUGUUUAUGAUUGAAUGAAGAGGACCGUACCCAUGAACGUCAAGCAUCUUUUCGCCUUGAUUGCAGUGAUGUUGAUGAGGAUGUGGGGAGUCAUUUGUAGCAGCAAAGAAAUGAAAAGCCCUGAAGCGCGGAAUGUGAGACUUGAUGGGACUGGCUCCAGAUGUUCUGGGUGGCUGAAGGUGCUUCACGAAGGCAAAUGGAAGAGAAUUUCUAGCUUACAUUGGUCACCACAGAGUACAGAACAAGCCUGUCAACAACUUCACUGUGGUGUCCCCUUGGGAACCCUGACACCAUUUUCUAAAGAACCAGAAAAGCAAGAAGUUUGCCUGGAGUGCCAAGCAAAUGCAACCUUCAAGAACUGCAUAUGGACCGAAUCCAACUGCACUCAGCUUCAGGGUGUGGCCCUGGUUUGCCAAGAACCUAUACAGAUGUCCACUGUACAACCAGAACCAACAACAACAACACUCAAGACUACUUCAAACCCCACUGAUGCUCCAGUAAUAAGGCUAGAAGAUGGAACUGCAUUGUGCUCUGGGGCUGUGGAGCUGGACUUUGGAGGUCGCUGGGAGAUGGUUUGCCUGGGCCUACAGGGACUAUGGAAGGAGCUGGCACCCAGGGUCUGCCAAGGGAAAGGCUGUGGAGAUGCAACAGGACCCAAGAAGCUAGACAACAACAAGCCCUUGCUUGCCCACUGGGAGAAAGUGCAGUGUGAGAGGAAGAACUUUAGUUUGGACUGUUUGGACAAGACUAAGGCAUGUUUCACCUUGGUGAAAUGCUCAGGCCAAGAUUUGAAGAGCAAUGCUUCUAGUACAGAAACCAUCCUGGGAAUUCUGCUGGGUCUUGUCCUCACUACAUUCCUUCUGGUUACUUGUGUACUCCCUAUCUAUAAGAAAAUAAUGAAGAAAUAUUUCAAGAAGAGGCAACACCAAUGGGUUGGUCCAAAUGCAGUAAACCAAAAUGUUUCAUUCCAUCGCAACAGCUCUGCCAGCUUCCACCCACAUCAAGGCCAGGUUGUUCAGGAAGAAGACAACAGAGCCUUAAAGAAAACUUAUCUCUCACCCUACGCAGCUCUAGAAGGGGCAACAAUCACAAAUAUCAACCCUCUGGACGUUUCCUCUGACAGCGAUUAUGACUUAUCUUCUGCCCAGCGGCUAUAAAAUAUGACAGGAAUAAGGAGAAUGUGGUAAAAAGGAAAAAAAUGAGUAAGCAAAACAAAAAUCCUGUUUUUCACUGGUAUGAAACAUCACAAGCCAGCUUCAAGAAAUAAUUAACUUAUUGUUCUGCAUUCAUAGGGAUGUGAUGGCAAUAGUAGUGCACUUCUUUUUCCUACAGUUGGGAAGAAGAGGGAUCUCAACUCCCAGUCACUGUUUAUUGCUCCUCUCUAAAUAUAAAUCUCAAGUACUGAAAUUCUGCCGAGUAUCUUUAUCUGACAUAGUUGCAGGGAUCAAAAUUUCCCAUUGGCAAUAAUUUACAAAAUUAUAAAUGCUGCCUAGUAAAUAACCAGAAGCUCCUAAUUUGGAUACACUAAAAUUAAAGUAUAAUUAAAAUACUGUAGUUCUUGGUAAACAUGAACUAGGAAGGAGCUCUGACAUGCUCAGUAGCCAUGCAUGCAUAUGUGCAUGGUUUUUACAGGUAGCAGUGUGCACUAGAUGAUCCAAGUAGCUCAAUCAGAAAGAAAUGAAAACAAUUGGAAAAGCUGUAAUGGGAAAUCAAUUAAGGUCUAUUUUUGGAAUGUGUCAGAUCAUGAAAAAGGAGGAAUAUGAGAUAAUGGGGCAGCACCCUUUAAGACUGAUUUUGAUUUUCACAUGGUUAUACACACACACACACACACACACAAUCUUCAGCUGUAGUAUUGAGUUGAAGGGUGUGUCUGUGACCAAUAUCCUGUUGCACAAAGUACUGUUUAUUAUUUGUACAUUAUAGAUCUACCGUCAUACAGGGAAGGAUUAAUAUAAA